AUGGCUAUUUGUAGUAAAGUUGGUUUUCCUGAUUUGUUCAUUACAUUUACCUGCAACCCAAAUUGGCCUGAGAUUCAAAGAGUACUUGGUCCUCUUUAUUUGAAACCACAAGAUCGGCCGGACAUCAUUUCAAGAAUUUUCAAAAUCAAGUUUGAUCAAUUGCUAACCGAUUUAACCAAGAAAGGUGUACUAGGAAAAGUUCUUGCUUAUAUAUACACCAUUGAGUUUCAAAAGAGAGGAUUGCCACAUGCCCAUAUUUUGAUUUUUUUGCAUCCUUCAAACAAAUAUCCAAGACCCGAAGACAUUGACAAGAUAAUUAGUGUUGAAGUGCCCGAUCCCUUGACACAACCUAGGUUGUACAAUUCGGUAAAAUAUCAUAGGGUUCAUGGUCCUUGUGGUUUGGAAAAUGUUAACUCACCUUGCAUGAAAGAUAGGAAAUGCUCCAAGUACUUCCCCAAAAAAUUUCAACCAACGACUAUAAUGGACCAAGAGGGAUAUCCUAUUUAUAGGAGACGAAACAACAGUCACACAAUUGAUAAAAACGGGGUCAUCUUUCAUAGUGUUCAUGUUGUUCCUCACAACCCAAAUUUGUUGUUGAAGUACGAAGCCCACAUCAACAUGGAAUGGUGCAAUCAAAGUACUUAUAUCAAAUACCUUUUCAAAUACAUAAACAAAGGUUCUGAUCGAAUUUCUGCUGUCAUACACGGUUCUGACAAAAACAACGUCGACGAGAUCAAGCAAUAUUUGGAUUGUUGA